ACACCACAAAAGGUGUUAGUUCAUCUAGACAGCAGGACGGUGGCCAUGGAAGUCGGAAUCCGCUAAGGAUAGGCAGGCGUGAAGAUCGUGAAGAAGUCAUGGGUGUAAACCUUGAUGGAACGGUCUUUAGUGCAGAUCUUGGUGAUAGUAGCAAAUAUUCAAAUGAGAACUUUGAAGACUGA